CCAAUCCACACACUCAAGAGCGUGAGCUGAAAAGAUGACAAAAGAAUCAGAGGGGAAAGAUCCCCUCCUCUAUUUCUACUGCAUCAAAUUUGCUCUCUCUGCCUAUUCCACCCUGUUUUCGAUAAUCGGCUUGGUGAUCCUGUGCAUUGGCAUCUAUGCAGAAGUGGAAAGACAGAAACACAGAACCUUGGAAGGGAUCUUCCUAGCUCCAGCUGUGGUUCUCCUUCUGCUGGGCAUCACAAUGUUUGCUGUUUCCUUUAUUGGAAUGGUUGGGUCCCUCAGAGACAACAGGACGCUGCUGAAGAUGUUCUUCUGGGUUCUUCUGGUGAUCUUCAUCACUGAGGUGCUGUUGAUAUUCAUUGAAAUAAUCUUCGAAAAUAAGAUGAAUGCAGUUUUCCAUUCCAACAUCCAAGAGGGGAUUAGGCACUAUUAUGAUGAUCUGGAUUUCAAGAACAUUUUAGAUUUUGUACAAGAAAAGUUCUCUUGUUGUGGAGGUGAUGAAUACAAAGACUGGGAUGUCAAUCAGUACCAUUCAUGCAACGGCAGUGGUCCUCUGGCUUGCGGGGUUCCAUACACUUGCUGUAUCAAGAAGGUCAUGGAAGUGGAGCACAACCUGGUUAAAGCUGCCAGUGCAGUUAGCCUGGUGAUGCCAGCUGCCUGGUAG